AUGCGCUACCCAAUAGAUCUUUCUGCCGCUGUCGAUGUAUAUUCGGAUUGGGUGGACGCGUGCGACGCGGUUGCCAAGGACACAGCGAAUCAAUAUGACGGACCAGGUGGCUCACAGGUAACUGCUAGCAAGCAGGGGAUCUCUGCAGACACGGCACCUGGUGAUAACUUUGACGAUGGAGACUAUUGA